GGAAAAUUCUUAUUCCUCCACCUGUCACCUCCACCGGCAGCUCCAUGACAGUUCGACUUGUCACCGAUCAUGGAAAAAACAGGAAGGGAUUUCGCGCAAGCUAUGUAGCUGAAGAUAAAGUAUACUCGAAUUGUGGGGUCGGCCAGUACCGGUGUGCCAAUGGUGUGACCUGUAUAGACGCCUGGAAACGGUGUGACGGAAACAACGACUGUAGAGACAACAGCGAUGAGGAUGAAAGUCACUGUGCGUGUCAAGACAUCCCGCCAUCCUUGGGGUCGAUGUGCAGCCGGGGCAUCAGUUACCAGAAGAUGACGCUUCCCAACCCAUUCAACCCAUUUGGCGACACCUCAGUAGAAGCUGUUGAAAGCUCAGAAGAUUUCAUUGACCUCAGCGCCAUCGCAGAACUAGACUGCCACCCCCGUAUUAGAGACCUAGUCUGUGCUACUAUUCUGCCGCGCUGUGAAUCCAGUCCGAACCUCCGGCAACAGCUGCCAUGUCGUUCUUGGUGUGAAGAGGUGCAGUUCGCGUGUGAACUGGAGGCUAUCGAUGUCUGGUCAGCUUUUCCAAGCUGUGAAAUGUUCCCCCACACCAACUGCAACAACAUCAACGGUUCGAUGGAGGAUGGAGAGAAAUGUUUCGACGGGAAUGGUGCCAAUUACAGAGGAGACGAGGCCACUGGUGCCGCAACUGGAGUAAAAUGUGAGCGGUGGGACAGUGACGAGACCCUUGUGGCGAGCUACCCCUGGGCAAACCUCGUGGAUAACAAGUGUCGCAACCCUGGAGACUACGAGAGACCGUGGUGUUUGACUCCCAGUGGAUUUGAAUACUGUGACAUCAUUCCUUGCAAUGUUGUCGGCUGCGAGGAUCCAGGAAAGCCCCGGUUUGGCAAGAGGAGUCCCAUCAUGCAGUUCUACUAUCCUGGCGAGCGAGUCACGUACACAUGUGACGUAGGGUUCAAGUUCAGGCCAUACGCCCCACCCAACAACGUAGUAUGUGUUUAUAAUGAAGAGACGGGAGAGGCCGAAUGGAGCUCACCUAAACCAAAUUGCGUAGUGGAUCACAAGUACAAGCUCCAAAAGGACCUCCUCAGCCCGGGUAUCUAUCGUCGGUCGGUGUCUCCAACAACUAGACUGGAAAUAAAGGCAUAUGUUGUCAACGUCGUCAACUUGGAUGAGAAGGCGGAAAAGAUAGUAACAUCAUUUAAAGCGGAAUUCUCAUGGAAAGACGACAGACUGGAAUGGCAACCCAAACAGUACGGGGAUUUAGAAAAGAUCUUCGUCUUUGACGAGGAAGUCUGGCUACCGACAUUGACACUGCAAAGAAAUGCGGACGUAGGAUACAUCGGUGGAUUUCCCAAGACUGAGGUGAAAAUGGAGAACACCGGAGAUGUGACCUGGCCUGUAGAACUACUGACAACAACAACCUGUACCCUGGACCCUUUCCUCUUCCCUCAGGACAACAUGACAUGUGCAGUGUGCUGGAGAGCGGGAGAAGAGUACAUAAUAGGCCGUUCCAAUGCAACAUCGCGCAGAGACCUUAACUUCCUGAACUACUUUAACAGCGAGACCGACAUUGUCACUGGAGAGUGGAGUGGAAAAACCACCCUUUCAGCUUCAUUAAACGAGGCCUGCCUGACGAUAACACUCAAACGAGAUCCCACCUAUCACUACUCCACAACCAUCUCUCCCUGUCUCAUCCUGAUCAUCCUCAUGGUCAUCACCUUCAUCAUGCCCAUUGAUAAAGGAGACAGGAUUGGAUUCGGCGUCACCUUACUGCUGGCCAUGGUGGUGUCGCUGGUGGUGGUCACAGGUUUUCUGCCAGUGUCCAGUACCCUACCAUUCAUAGCUUUGGUGAUCAUUGUGUGCAUGGCUCUGAUGGCCCUCUUCAUGUUGACGACUUUGUGUAUCAUCAUUAUCCACGACAAGAAGGGACCUGUCCCUAAAUGGGCACGGGCGGUCUUCCUGAAGCAUAUGGCAAGGGCCCUUAUGAUGGGAGACUUGACCAAGAAGCUAAAGAAAGAAGAGGAUAAAGAUUACAACAUGAGCAGCAAUGUGAAUGGCGUCGAGGUACACGCCAAUCAGCCGUACAAGAUGGACGACAUUGUUGGAGGAGACAACCCACCGUCAACCGUAGAUACCGAGGUCGGAGCUACCCUUAUUGGGUUAAAAGGAAGCGUAGAUGAGCUGAAGGUCAGUGUUAGGCAACUGUCUGGUAGCAUUGAUGCUGUGGCAAAUAUUGCUGCAGGUGAAGACGAUGAAGAAGUUGGGGAGUAUGCUUUGUUGGCUGGUGUGUUAGACAGGCUGAGUUUGGUCAUUUAUGUCAUUGCCAUUGUUGUGACCAUACCAUGCAGUCUUCUUUUUGGUCGCCGACUGGUCUAGAUAA